UCUAUUUUCAGGAGCAUUCAAAACAGAUAUACUGUGUAGGAAAGCCAUUUCUUGUUGCCAUUUUCAACGCUUGUCACGCUUUUAUUUUGAAAUGCAUACAGGUAUUGACGUAUACGGAAGUUGCUCCCCUAAGCGGGAAAUAAAAAGUUCGAAAAUUGUUUACAAAUUAACAAACGACAGCAACAUGUAGUACACAGUAAUGGAUAAACCAGGGAACGUAACCGGUGAGAGGAAGCGCGCCCCGCCGGUGAAGGUGUUUUCCAGCCAGCUGAGGACGGCGACUGCGUUACGGGGGAGUUCCGGCGACCCCGGCGCCGGCUGGGUAGUCAAGCUGGGCAGGGAUCGCUUCCUGCAGGUCUCCCUGGUGUGGAUGCAGGGCACCGUGCUCGAAGUGGAGCUAGCCCUCAACCGCAUGCUACUCAUCGAUGAGACGGGCACCUUCACCGUACAGGGCAUCAAUGGCAUCCCCAAAGGGAAACCGUGUUUGUCUUCGGGUAAAUACGUGAUGGUGAUGGGCGUCAUCCAGGCCGUCUCCCCGGAGCCGCUGGUCCGCGCCGUAAAGCUGGCCGACCUCUCCGAGCACGCUGCGCUACACAGACAGAUGUGGAAGUUGGAGGUGGAGGAACUGCAGCAGGUGCUGGUUGCCCGAAUGGAUCCGGCCUCUGUCGACCCAUGACAGCUGAAAAUACAGAAGACCUCACCAGGCACCUUGACUAUCAGCUGACUCGUUAGCUUGCUAACACAAAUGUAUGGAUGUCCUUAACAGAAGAAAAAAAAACCCACAAAGGAGCUUUAUUUGGUGUGCUGGCCGUUUAUAGUGGGAGCAUUAACAACUGUUUCUAUGUAUGUUGACUUGUUAAAACAAACUGCCAAAUC